GCCCGCGCGUCCUGCGUAUAGUCCCACUCCGACGGCGAAUCCCAGAGGUCGGUGAUGGAGAAAGAGGAGCCACGCUGCUCUCCCAGUCCUCCGUCCACGCCGUCGAUCUGCUCGCCCACAUCCAGCGCCUCCGCCUCCUCCGUCCCUUCCACCGGCAAGAACGUGUGCGCGAGCUGCGGCCUCGAGAUCCUCGACAGGUACCUGCUCAAGGUAAAUAAUCUGAUGUGGCACGUGCGAUGUCUGGAGUGCUCAGUCUGCAGGACUUCACUGCGCCAACACAGCAGCUGCUACAUCAAAAACAAGGAGAUCUUCUGCAAAAUGGAUUAUUUCAGUAGGUUUGGUACUAAGUGUGCCCGCUGCGGACGCCAGAUCUAUGCCAGCGAUUGGGUGAGACGAGCUCGUGGGAACGCUUACCACCUGGCCUGCUUCGCCUGCUUCUCCUGCAAACGGCAGCUUUCCACUGGAGAGGAGUUUGGCCUGGUGGAGGAGAAGGUGUUGUGCAGGAUCCACUAUGACACCAUGGUGGAGAACCUGAAGCGUGCGGCUGAGAGCGGAAGUGGCCUCACUCUGGAAGGAGCCGUGCCAUCAGAGCAGGACAGCCAGCCCAAACCGGCGAAACGUGCUCGCACCUCCUUCACCGCUGAGCAGCUUCAGGUGAUGCAGGCUCAGUUUGCGCAGGAUAACAACCCUGACGCUCAGACGCUGCAGAAGCUAGCGGACAUGACGGGGCUGAGCAGACGAGUCAUACAGGUUUGGUUUCAGAAUUGCCGAGCGAGACACAAAAAGCACACGCCGCAGCAUGGUGGCCCUCCUCAGGCCCACCCGCAGGCACGCAUGCCCCCCUCGCUGCCUGACGAGAUGCAUUACUCACCUUUCGGCAGCCCGGACAGAGCGCGCAUGGUGGCACUGCGAGGCUACAUCGACAGUCAUCCGUUCUCGGUGCUGACCACACAGAGUCUCCCCCACCAGGCCAUGUCUCUGCCUCAGCUGCCCCUCAGCCGCUAACCCACCCCACCACGCUGACCCCUGACCCCUCGACCCUGACCUCCUGCUCCUAACAUCCGUCCUCUCUUCAGAGGUCGCCUCUGGCUGAAGGACAGCGUCACCGUCCCCGCGUGCUCUUGACCUCUGACCUCACGAGGAGACGGGGCGUUUCCCCCCUGCCCAUCAGCGGACGGGAUUUUCCUCACCUGCAGGCGAAUCGCGCGCACACCUGUGAGCUGUUAGCGGCGGCUCAGGGACCUUGUAACGAGAAGAGCAGGAUGGGAACCUGUACAGCGCACACUGAAAAGUGUUUUCAUGUCGGACUGCUUGGAGAACGUUCACGCGGGAUUUAAACAAAGUAAAGACCCGUAGAGAGGGACGCGGGGACGUAGCGAGAGGUUUUUUCUGAAAAUAGGUUUUUCAAAACCGCUAAAACAAACGAUUAUUUGCUGAGUACGGAGACGAUCUGUGUUCGUUCCCAAGUGUUUACAUGGAUCUACAGCACAGACUGCAUCUCUCUCUCUCUCUCUCUCUCUCCCUCUCUCUUUCUCUGCUUCGGAUGGAUUUAAGCCACUUUCAUCGCCUGCUAAUAACAUCUCCAUCUCGCUCCAUCCCGUGUUCAAAAAAAAGGAUUCCUGCCUGAGACGUACAACGUCUGAUCUGAACAACUUCACAAUUUACACGUCUGAUUUUUACGGUUCUGGCCGAGGAUGGACGAUACGAUACAGAGGACAAACAAAAUCACACAAUACUUGAAGACGCUUAUUCGAGAGGGUUGAAGUGAACUGCAGAGUCCACAGAUUGAAAAAAAUUCAAAUAAUUAUUUUUUAAUUGGUAUAGAUUAGAAUCUACUCGUUACUGUCAGUAAUAAUGGAGUCCGUCAGUGUUAUAAAAAGUCACUGUAUUUACAACAAAAAAAAUGUAAAGAAAAUUCUACAGCCCUCAUUUACGGUGGCCGAGAAGUGCAAAACACAUUAACAAAUCCGAAAACACGACA